AUGUCUUCCAAGCCCACUCUCGUCUUCGUCCCUGGAGCCUGGCACAGUGCUGAUACAUGGAACAAAGUCACUGCUGAGUUGACGCCUCGGGGCUACAAGUCAGUUUGUAUCACUCUCCCUUCAACUCAAAAUGACCCAACCAAGGGUUUGUUCGAAGAUAUCGAGGAGAUCAGGAAGGCCAUCCUCGCCGAGACCACCCAAGGCCGAGACGUCGUCGUCGUUGUUCACUCGUAUGGCGGUAUGAUUGGUCCCAGCGCUGUCAAGGGACUUACUGAAGCUACGAGUGAGCGGCCUGGACGCGUCAUAGGCAUUGCCUUGAUGGCGACUGGCUAUUGUGUAACGGGCAUUGGCUUCCUCGAGGGACUUGGUGGUAAUCCGCCUCCUUUUUGGAAGGCUGAUAAAGAGACGGGAUAUGCCACGCUCAUUGUAGAUACAAGGGAGCUAUUCUACCACGAUCUUCCGGAAGAAGAAGGCAAGUACUGGUGCAGCCGACUUCUGCCACAGGCAUUGAAGCCACUCACAGACAGUGGAGAGCACGUGUACUCGGGCUGGAAGGACGUCCCGACCCGGUAUCUGAUUACGACAGACGACAAAACUUUCCCGCACGAGAUUCAAUUGGCCAUUGCCCAGAAUGCCAAGGAGCAAGGUGCAGAAAUUGUCGUCGAGGAGAUUCAUUCGAGUCAUUCUCCAAUGCUUAGCAAGCCGAAGGAAACUGCCGAUUUUGUUGAGAAGGCUGCCGAAUCUUUUGUGGAGAAGAAGAAGGCGUGA